AUGCCACUCAACCCUUGGCGCCUGGUCAAAGAGCCGUGGCACCGACCGCACCCCGUCUCCGUUUUUACAAUUCAGGAUGGUGUCGACGACACGCGGGUACGAGUAGAGAUGUCAGAGACAUCACCAUCACCAUUACCAUCGCCAUCGCCAUCGCCAUCACCAUCGCCAUCGCCAUCGCCAUCACCAUCGCCAUCGCCAUCGCCAUCACCAUCACCAUCACCAUCACCAUCACCAUCACCAUCACCAUCACCAUCACCAUCACCAUCACCAUCACCAUCACUAUCCGACAGCGGGCUUGAAGCACCAUCGACCAAGUCUUCACCUCCUGGUGUUUCUGCCGUUCAUCUAGCUAACCAAUCUCCUGACGGUGUUGCCAAGUCCACACUUGUAAAGGACACAUGGUCGCAUGGUAUCGAAGAUCACGCCCGCCGUCACACACGUUGUACGUCUGAUGCUUCCACCACCACCCUGCAACACGAUAGCAUUGCAGACAGCCACGAAGACGAACAUGUCGUCGACAUCGAUAAUGAAGGGACGAAUUGUAGUGAAAUACGGGACGAAAACGCUGGCGACACCGACUACAACGGAAGAAACAAGUUAGACAAAGAGAACAGCGUCAAUAACCGUAGCUUUCAGACAAACACAAACAAAGAUGUAGUCAAGCGUCGCAAGCUUGUACCCAAACGCCAACAAGAUCGUCUGCUCAGACCAGCAUCGUCGACCUCCAAACACGACUACGCCUCAGAGAUUAUCAUCGAAAAGGCGACAAACACUCAACCCCUACCUGAAGGCUAUCUGGGUACCUGGCGUGGUUUCCAAUUUUUCUCGCCGUCGCUAUACCGCAAUGGGUCGUGCGGCGCUGAGGCAGGACUACACAGACUCAUGUGUGGGCAUCGGGUUGAGAGCUCCAAACCCUGCGGCGUCAAUUGCAAUGCCCCCGUCUACGAGAACGAGGCCUUUAUCUGCGACAAGUGUUGUGACGACGUCAAAGAUGUUCUCGACCAUGAACUCAGUGUCGAUGAGAGGGAGAAGCUGGACCAUGCCCAAGAAGGUUACCACGUGUUUUAUGUCGCUCUUGCCGUGGAGUUUGUGACCAAGCACCAGGCCAUGAAGGCGAACGUGACGGAAACGGUUAUGAGUGUCCUUGACGGCUACGGUCGCACAUCUGUGCCUUCUGGUGGACCAAAGGAACCGGAGUCUAUUCCGUUCGAAGAGACUAUCCGAGAAACACAGCAUCUCCAUGAGCAAAAGGAGUUCGAAGCAAAAAACCCACUCGUGCGCCACGAGAAGCGUAUUCAUGCUAAAAUCGACCAUUCGGAGUCAGAGGUGGACGAGACUAGUUCGGUAUCAAGACACAAGCACAAGAAGCACAACCCUCGCAUCGAUCACUACACCUCACCUACCAACAGGUCUAUCCACAGCAUCAAGCGCAAGGCUGGCAACGUCCUCGCUCUCGUACAAAAAAGGUCGCUACUGCUACUGGUCCUGAAGCUGCGAUUGCACAUUCAUUGA